CUCACUUUCGGCGAAACAAAAGAAGAAGUCUCCCGUCUCUUUCUUCACCUUACACGCACACACAGACACACACUAAACCAAACACGUAAUAUUCAUACUCACGCUAUGUGUCUCUCUUCUUCUCCUCAUCUUCUGCUCUCUCAAUCUUCUCCAUUUCUUCAAAAGCCCUAAAAAAACCUCAUUUUUUUUUAUAACAAGCAGGGCUUUUUAAUUCAGUCGAAUUACAUGUUUAGUUUUGUUAGGGUUUCCAUUUCUUAAUUUCGUAAAUUAUGGAGAGAUCUGAUGGCAAAGAUUCCAUGGACUUGUCCCACUCCUCUAGCUCCAUCUCCGAUAGUGCGCAUUUUGAUGCAUCACAGUAUGCAUUUUUUGGACGAGAUAUAGGAGAGGAAGUCGAAUUGGGGGGCCUAGACGAAGAAGGAAACAGUUGUGUUCCCUCGGUGGAUGGUGGAUUUGGUGACGAGGAUGUACAGGAGUACCAUUUGUUUGAAAAAGAUGAGGGAUCAGCUUUGGGGUCUUUAUCCGACAUAGAUGAUCUGGCAACUACAUUUUCAAAGUUGAACAGAAACGUCACAGGACCUAGGCAUCCUGGAGUUAUUGGAGAUCGUGGAUCAGGAUCUUUUUCUAGGGAAAGUUCGUCGGCAGCUGAAUGGGCAAAGGAAACUGAUUUUACUGAUUGGUUUGAUCAGCAUUUGUCUGACACUGAAUGUUACCAGGAUAGCAAAAGAUGGUCUUCACAGACACAUUUCUCUCCUGUGCAUCAUGCAGAGUCAAAACCGUUGUAUAGAACAUCCUCCUACCCUGAGCAACCCCAACAACUUCAACGCUUCUCAAGCGAACCCAUUUUAGUGCCAAAGGCAUCUUACACUUCUCUCCCUCCUCCUGGUGGCAGAUCUCAACAAGCCUCACCACACAGCCUAUUGCAUCAUCAAAGUAUGCCAUCUCUUGCUGCCGGACCUCAGUCUCCCUACUCACCACACAACCUAUUGCAUCAUCAAAGUAUGCCAUCUCUUGCUGCUGGACCUCAGUCUCCCUAUUCAACUGCCAAUCUCCCCACUUUGUCAAAUCCUAAUAUCCAUUUAGCAGGCUUGUCUCAUGGGCUCCACUACGGUGGAAACAUGCCACAGUGGACCCCUACGGGUCAUUCUCUCAAUACCCGGCUGCAAAACCACUGGAUUAGUCAUGCCGGUCUCAUCCAUGGGGAUCAUUCUAGCCUCUUAAAUAGUAUAUCUCCACAUCAAAUUCCUCAGAAUGGGUUAUUGUCCCCUCAGUUAAUGUCCCCCCGGCAGCUACAGCAGCAGAGAUUGCAUCCUUCAGUUCAACCAUCUUUAGCUCAUUUUUCUGCACUGCGUUCCCAAUUUAAUUCCUUUCCUUCACCUUCCCAUCUGGGUAAGUAUGGAUCGGCUGAUUCGAGAGAUUCAAGAUCUAAGUCAUCAAAUAAAGGUAGACAGAAUGUGCGCUUUUCUCAACAAGCCUCUGAAGCUGGUAGCCAAAAAAGUGAGAGUAAUGUUUCCAAGUUCAGAUCUAAGUACAUGACUGGUGAUGAAAUAGAGAGCAUCCUGAAAAUGCAGCAUCCCGCAACACAUGGCAAUGAUCCGUAUGUGGACGAUUAUUAUCACCAAGCUCGGCUUGCAAAGAAAGCAGCUGAGUCGAGGUCAAAAUAUCGUUUUUGUCCAAACAAGGAGCAACCUUCACGGUCACGUAAUAGCACAGAGUCACAGCCUCAUCUCCAUGUUGAUGCUAAGGGGCAGAUUUCAUUUUCCUCCAUUCGCAGGCCUCGUCCUCUUCUUGAAUAUGAUCCACCCGGAUUUGUAUGUAAUGGCAGUGGU